AUGGGUAAUUGUGCUGGAAAAAUGAAAUCAUCUUCGAGUAAGGUGCCAAAGGAGAAGCGUACUACUGCUCCUCCUGCUGCUGCUGCCGCUCAACCACAGACCAAGACUGUGUCGAUUGACAGCACCGCCACUACUCGUACUACCACUACUACAGCCCCUACUACUACUACUACUACUACCACCUCGACUGCACCAGUCCAACAACCAACUGCUCAUCACACCCAAGACACUGGAGCAAGUAGCAGUAGUGGACAAGUCACCAAGACAGUUGUAGUAGACAGAGAGUUACACAAAUACAUCAUUGGCACCAAGGGUGCCACCGUCAAGGACAUCAAGGACAAGACGGGAGCCACCGCCAUCGACUUGCCAGACAGUGGUGACAAGGUGUCGGUCAGCGGCACACCAGAUGCCUGCGACCGUGCCAUCGCCAUGAUCAACGACAUCAAGGGUCAACACAAGACCCAAUCCCAAAAGGACCAAGACCACAAGGACCUCAAAGACGAGCACGAAAAGGAGAGCCAGCGUACCGACGCCCUCUACAAAAAGUAUCAAGCCGAGGUUGACAAGUUGGCCGACGAACGUACCAAGCUCAACGCAGAGGCCGACGCAGCUUUUGAGUCUGGUGACAAGGGUAAAGGACACGAGUUGAAAGAACGUGCCAAGCAAUUGACCGUCCAGAUGGAACAAGCCAACAAAAAGGCAUCACGUGAGAUCUUUGCCGACAAGAACAAGAACCUCGACAAGUUCACCGUCGACUUGCACGGUCUCAAGACAAAGGAUGCACUCGAAUUGAUGGACGAAAGAAUGGAAGAGCUCAAAAAGGACAGCUCCAACAAGGGCAAGAGUUUCACCGUCAUCACAGGUGCAGGCAACCAUAGCGAUGAAAAUGGUCCAAAGAUUAAACCAUUGAUUCACAAGACUUUCAAUGAUAGAGGUAUUAAAUUUGAAGAAGUUAAUAAUGGUAGUAUUCAAUGUACUUUUAGUAGAUAA